AAGAUCUCAUGGCGAAGAGCGCAAAGCAUGCUUGGGCCUUGCUCCCAAAGGAUUCUUCAUCCGACAUCCGCCUACCCCGCACCACUUAACCUCCUUCAUCACACCAGACGAACAACUCUUUCAGACAAUCCACAUGGGAGCUGCAAUCAUUGACACAAAUCAUUACUCAAUUACGGUCGAUGGUCUCGUCAGACGUCCGUUCACUCUCUCGUUAGCACAACUCAAGGAGUUCCCCUCCACCACGAUCACAGCAUUCCAUGAAUGCUAUGGAAGUCCCCUUAAACCGCCAACAGAGAAUGCAUGGCGAAUCGGAAACGUGGAAUGGACCGGAGUUCCUCUGCAAAUACUGCUAGAUAUUGCUCAACCGCAUCCGGAUGCUCGGUUCAUCUGGUCCGACGGCCUGGACUUCGGGGAGUUUGCCGGUGUCACAGCAGAUCGAUAUCAGAAAGAUCUUCCAAUCGCAAAAGCUCUGUCUCCAGAAGUCUUGGUGGCAUAUGAGAUGAACGGAGAACCUCUCAGCCGGAACAGAGGAGGCCCCGUCAGAUUGGUUGUACCAGGUUGGUUUGGUACCAACAUGACGAAAUGGCUUUGUCGACUUUCAUUGCAAGGACAUCGAGCCCAAGGCCCCUUCACGACAAGGUUCUACAACGAAGAAGAUCCAAAUGAGUCAGAUGGGCGUGUGCGACCGGUAUGGAUGGUUGAACCCAAUUCGAUGAUUGUCAGUCCAGCGUCUGGCGCUCAGUUGAAGAGUUCAUUGGUCGAAGUGCAGGGUUGGGCAUGGAGUGACGAUGGAAUUAAAACAGUCGAAAUCAGAGUAGAUGACAACCAGAACUGGGUUGAGGCUGAUGUAGAAACUCGUCAUGACUUCAGUUGGCAAAAGUUUAGCAUGUCGGUUGCACUGCUACCAGGCAUCCAUCAACUGAUUGCGCGGGCAACUUCUUCUUCUGGGAUUGAACAACCAAUCUCAGGACGGCGAAGCCACGUGCAUACUAUGGGUUUCGAAGUUUUGGGUUAAUCGACUCCGCCACGUCAGAUAUCUCCGCCCGGCCUCCGUGCUCCGGGCUUCGCGGCAUACUUGGGGACAUAUUGGAGCCGCAGAACGAGCGGGCAAAAUCGGUCGCGCGAAGUCGAAUCACAACUCAUUUCUAGAUCACGGCGAACUUAGAUCGACUUCGUGGUCCAGUGAUCUUAAGUUACCCUCCAGUCGGGCGUUGGGUACAACAAUGCAGACAAUUAAAUGAUGUUGUGAAUCUAAGGCUUUGGGCUCCGUCCAGCUCAGAGCUGCCACGUUGAGGGCUGAUGCAGUGUGAGCUUUUAA